AUGGAGGAAGAGCGCCUUUGGAAGUUUAGGAAGCCCGAGUGGUUGAACAGCAUCUGGGCCCGGAACGCUGGCGUCUACGGUGCCGGAGCUUUGUUCUCCCUCGCCUUCUAUGUCAUGCUCGACUCCGCCGUCUGGUCCAAGUCGGCCAAGAACGGCUCCAAUGUCCACGUGAAAUUCGUCGACUGGCUGCCGCUCAUCUUCUCCAGCCUGGGCAUGCUCAUCAUCAACUCGGUCGAAAAACAACGCCUCAGCGCCGACUCUUUCAGCUAUAGUGGAUCUGGUGUCGCAUGGAAGGCGCGCGUGGUCUUGUUCCUGGGGUUCGCGGCCCUUGCCGGUGGCAUGGCCGGAGGCGUCACCGUCUUUGUCCUCAAGUUUGUAGUUCCUGGAGUUGCCAUGCCGGCCCUGAGCAUGGGCAUUGAGAACCUUGUCAGCAACGCCCUCGUGGGCUGCAGCUCUGUCGUCUUGUGGAUCAGCCAGAACAUGGAAGACGAGUUUACCUACAACCUCUCGCUUUAA